GCAGCGCACCCUUUCCUCGCCCUUCGCUCUUUUCGUCUUUCUUCCCCCUCACGACAUCAUGCACGCCGCGUAUACGUACCUUCUCGCCUGUCUACUCCUCCCGCUUCUCGUCGUGGCACAGUCCACAAGCGGGGCACAGGCUACGAGCGGAGGAAGCCAGACUGCAGCUAGCACAAGUCAGGCUGCUGCGAGCGGUGCAUCGACCAACGGGACACAAGCUUCUGCCACCGGUAACAGCACCUCGCCAUCCGUCGUCGUGUCCACAUCACUUUCAGUUGGAGUCACCGUCGGUUCCGACCGUGUUCUCUCUACAUUCACCUCUACCACCCUCAUCACAAGCACCAUCCUCCCCGCUGGCUCUACCGCGAACGGCACCACCGGGGCUUCGUCCGCCGCAAAGACGACGUCAUCUACCGUUCCCCCAACCACUGCGCCUACGAACAUUCCUACCGGCGGAAACCUUCCUGGUGGUGCACCUAGCCCAGGAGCGUCAGCAGCAGGCGGCGUUCUCGGGCCUAACGACGGUUACAUCGCGGCGGCUUUGGCUCUGAACAUCAACUACCUUUUCAUCACGUUCGCAUUGGUCGCAGGAGGGGGAGCGUUAGUGAUGGUAUAGGUGAUUGGGGUGGUCGAGGUUUCGUAGUGUUCUCCUCGCUCUGGACGCAUCUCACUUGCAUGGACAAUUUGUAUGACCCCACGGACAUCCUACUAUCGUACCCCGUUGUACACGGACGGUUGCUCCGUGUCCUGAUUUACGCGUAAUUUCUUGGAACUUUUGCUCUCUCUCGCAUCUGUGGUUAUACGUCUAGAACGGGG